AUGGAGAAGGACUGCCCCUCCGGCCUUCUCAAUAGGUCCACCUUCCUCAGCAUGUACACCCAAUUUUUCCCCGAUGGUAAAGCACGUCUCUUCUACGAGCAUCUGUUUCGGACAUUUGACCAGGACAAUAGUGGUCAAAUCGACUUUAACGAAUUUCUAACAUUUCCAAUUCGCCAGUUUAUUCCAGUCAUGUUUAUUACUCUAAUAAAAUCGCGCACUUUUUUCUUUCGUUCUAUUUGA